AUGGGGACCUCUGUUUUGUUUGAAUCCAGGACUGAGAGACGAGUCUUCUUCUUCAUGCUUCUGCUCCUCUUUCUCUGCUUCUUUGGAGGAAGAUGUGAGCUCCAGGAACCCAAACCUUCGGCGCAGACAGACUUCCCAGGUGUCAAACCGUUCAACAGCGAACUGGAUGAGCCCCAAGCCUUCCCCGAUGAGGAGAGGGCCAACCUCCCUGUGUUCACCAUGGACUACCCUCGGAUCCAGGUCCCCUUCGAGUUCACACUCUGGGUCCUGCUGGCCUCUUUUGCCAAAAUUGGUUUCCACAUUUACCAUAAAAUCACCAUCUGGAUCCCAGAGUCCUGCCUCCUGAUUACCAUCGGCCUCAUCGUGGGCGCCAUCAUGCACUCGGUCAAAGAAGAGCCCCCCGCCGUGCUCACCUCCAACGUCUUCUUCCUCUACAUGCUGCCGCUCAUCGUCCUCGACAACGGCUACUUCAUGCCCACGAGGCCGUUCUUCGAGAACGCCGGCACGGUGCUGUGGUACGCCGUGGUGGGAACCCUGUGGAACAGUGUCGGCAUCGGGAUGUCCCUCUUUGCCAUCUGCCAGUUCGAGGUGUUUGGACUUCAGGAUAUCAACCUGCAGGAGAACCUGCUGUUUGCCUGCAUCAUCUCCACCGUGGACCCCGUUGGUGCUCUGAAUGUGUUUGAGGACAUCGGGGUCAACGAGCAGAUGUACAUAGUCAUAUUUGGAGAGGGGCUCUUCAACGACGCCGUCACUGUGGUCCUUUACAACAUGUUUACCUUUCUGGCCGGCCUGCCCGUCGUUGAAUCCGCCGAUGUGUUCCUGGGAACGGCCCGGUUCUUCCUGGUGGCGGCCGGAGGCAUCCUCUUUGGCCUCCUGUUUGGAUUCGUGGCCGCGUUCACCACCCGUUUCACCCACAACGUCCGUCAGAUCGAGCCCCUCUUCGUCUUCAUGUACAGCUACCUGGCAUACCUGUUGGCCGAGUGUUUCGCCAUCUCCAGUGUGAUGGCCAUUACAACCUGCGCCAUCACCAUGAAGUACUACGUGGAGGAGAACGUGUCCCAGAGGUCCUGCACCACCAUCCGCCACGUUGUCAAGAUGCUGGCCACCAUCUCCGAAACCCUCAUCUUCUUCUUCUUGGGCGUCGUUACCAUAACGACGGAGCACGAAUGGAACUGGGCCUACAUCCUGUUUACGCUGCUGUUCACCCUCAUCUGGAGAGGGAUUGGCAUCCUGGUCCUGACCCAGAUCAUCAACCCGUUCCGUACCAUCCCGUUCCACUUCAAGGACCAGUUUGGCCUCGCCUACGGAGGCCUGCGAGGGGCAAUCUGCUUCGCCCUGGUCUUCACCUUACCCGAUGACAUCAACAGGAAGAACCUGUUCGUCACAGCUACAGUCGCCGUUAUUAUAUUCACCGUUUUCAUACAGGGCAUCAGCAUCCGUCCAAUAGUAGAAUAUAUGAACAUCAGGAAAACCAACAAAGACCUGAACAACAUCAACGUGGAAGUUCACACCAGGAUGAUGGAUCACGUCCUCAGUGGUAUUGAGGACUUGUGUGGACAAUGGAGCCACUAUUACUGGAAAGACAAGUUCAAGAAGUUCAACGACCGUGUUUUGAGACGCAUCCUGAUCCGAGACAACCGGGCCGAGUCCAGCAUCGUGGCUCUGUACAAGAAGCUGGAGCUGCAGAACGCCAUCGGGUUACUGGACACACCUAUGGGCGACCUCAGUGCGGCACCCUCUAUCGUUUCUCUGCACGACGAGAGGAAGGAUGCAACUCGACCCAGGAAGAAGUUUCUGACUGCUGAUGUGAGGAAAAUGCACGACAUCCUGUCGAAGAACAUGUACAAGAUCCGACAGAAGACGAUGGCGUACACCAACAAAUACAAUCUGCCCGACGACAGCCUAACCAGGGAGAUUCUGAUCCGCCGCCACGCCAGCAUCAGACGCAGCGUUCGUGCUGAGAGUUUCCGCGAGCUGCCUUCACAAAACAUCCCCAGGUCUCAGAGGUACUACUCCCUCCAACCAGGAGGAGAUCUAGAGAAGGCCUUCCCCCUCAGAAGACGAAAUCACGGUGGAAGUGGAGACGUGGAUUUCUCAGCUCAGACACCGCGCUCCUCAUCCCGCUCUCUGGUCCCCAUGAGGAGGUUGAACACCAUCAUGGAGACUGGAAAAGCAGGGGAGCAGCUAGUUUCUUCUGCCCAGCUACACUCACCUCCUCCUGGGGUGGAUGGUUCGGACGAGAGGGGUCCUGGAAGUCUGGAGGGUUCAAGCCUCGACUCAGUUCCUGCAGACUUGAGUCGUCUCUCGGAUCGGGUAGACGGAGAGGAAGACCCCGCUGACUCUGAACCUGCAGGAGAACCAGUGCGACCACCCCAGCUACCUCCACCUCGUGGCUGGGUACCCGAAGACCAGGACCCCAGAGAACAGGAGACGGGGAACCCUUUACUGAGACACUUAUCACACGGCUGCUUCCUCAUCACAGUGGACCUCUUCAGUUUCCUGAUGCCUCCCCAGGAUGUGGACCGUUCCUCCUUCAAGAUGACACUGAUCUUGGGCUACACUGUCUUCCUGCUCAUCAUGAACGACCUGCUGCCCGUCACUGGAAACACCAUACCUCUCAUUAGUGAGUGUUAUUAA